AAUGUCCACUCAUUCGUCUUCGGGCGUCACUCAGCAUAACGUGACUCAAGUGACCACUGACUCCGGUCUUAACGAUUGCCAUAAAUUCAAUUUCAUCUAUACUUCAGACUUGGAUGACGUCUACUUUAGGAUUAAAUGUGGUACGUUAGAGGGAUUGGAAGUGAACGCCAAAGUUGAGGACCAUUUGGUGACACAACAUCUGUAUAUAACAUGCGAUCUCUAUUCAAAUGGUCACCUCUUGUGUCCGACACGACAGUCACAAUACAAACAUAUGUCCAAUCGUUUUGAUUGGAAUGAAUGGCUAUUAUUUCCUUUGAAACUAUCGGACAUUCCUCGGGACGCACUCUUAAGCUUUACAAUUGUUGACGUUUCAAGCGAUGGCAAACCGUAUCUUUUGGGUGGAACUGCUAUUACUAUAUUCGGAAAGCACGGGGCGAUGAGGAAAGGCAUGUAUGACCUGAGAGUAUGGCUCAGCAAUCAAACUGAUCUCCAAAAUAGUCAUCAAUUAAAUGGAAAGCAAAGCAUUUCCGGACAAAUGAAUAAAAUCAAUAAAUUAAAAAAGAAAUACCGAUGCGGAGAACUUCCAAGAAUUGAUUGGUUGGAUAGACUGACAUUUCUUGAGAUCGAGAGAUUGGUUCAAACAGAAAAAAAGAAUACCAAUUAUGUCUAUCUUUCAAUUGAGUUUCCUAUUGUCACAGUCAAUGGUGUGGAUCACUCUGUUGUAUAUUUCGAAAGGGGAGCUGAAGAAAGUUGUCAGUAUAGCUUCAUUGAGAAUGAUUUAGUGAUAAUACCUGAUCCCGAAAUGUCAAUGGAAAACCUCGUUGAGAACAAACAUCAUAAACUGUCGCGUAGUAUCAGAAGUGGUAUUACUGAUCGCGAUCUUAAACCCAAUGCCGGAGUUAGAGAUCAAUUGAAUGCCAUAAUGUGUUAUUCACCGACUAAAGUGUUGUCUAAUGAAGAACAGGAUUUGUUGUGGAAAUUUAGGUUUUAUUUGGUUAACCAAAAGAAAGCAUUAACUAAAUUCUUAAAAUCUGUUAAUUGGCAUUUGAAUACCGAAGCUCAUCAGGCAAUAGAACUGCUCGAAAAUUGGCAACCAAUUGAUAUUGAAGACGCUUUAGAGUUAUUAUCGCCUCAUUUUCAAUACCCGGCUGUCAGACGAUAUGCUGUCACCCGAUUACAUCAGGCGCCCGAUGAGGAACUGCUUCUCUAUUUGCUUCAAUUGGUUCAGGCAUUGAAAUACGAGAAUUUCGAUGAAAUACGACAGGCAUAUGAAAAAGAGAGAAGAGUCGAUCUGUUUGAUGAUCGAACUCAUGAAAGGGAAAGGAGAGGUAGUACGACAUCAACCGGUACAACUGGUCUAACCGAUUCUCUUAAUGCAUUAAAACUUGAAGUUCAUUCCAAUGAAGCCAAUGAUAACGAAUUAAAUAAGAAAGAAGAAAACUUAGCGACAUUCCUGAUAUCCCGCGCCUGUACUAAUGAUAACUUAGCCAACUAUUUCUUUUGGUAUCUAAUGGUCGAGUGUGAGGACGGGCAGUAUACUGACACUCCUCCUCAUACUUAUGUAAUGACUAAUAACAACAACAACACCAAUGAGUUAAUUCGAGUGAGUGAUAUGUAUGUAAUUAUGAUGAGACGGUUCAGUUUGCGGCUAUCGAAGGGAAGUCCUGAGAUGAGAGCGCGCCGACAGUUACUUCAAAGACAACAAACGUUUGUCGAGAAAUUAGUUCAAUUGAUGAAAGUUGUGGCCCGAGAGAAUGGCAACAGACAGAAAAAGAUUGAUAGAUUGCAAAAUCUUUUAGCCGAAGCAGAGAUUUUUAAGAUUAAUUUCACAUCAUAUGAUCCAUUACCAUUACCACUUGAUCCAGAGAUUAAGAUAACUGGAGUCAUACCUUUAAAAGCAACUCUAUUUAAAAGCGCAUUAAUGCCGGGAAAACUGGCGUUUUCUACCACAAAAAAUACCGAAUAUUUUACAAUUUUCAAACACGGAGAUGAUCUCAGACAGGAUCAGCUCAUACUUCAGAUGAUUACUUUAAUGGAUAAAUUGUUGAGAAGAGAAAACUUAGACUUAAAGCUUACACCGUAUAAUGUUUUGGCCACAAGUAGUAAACAUGGAUUCGUACAGUUCAUUGACUCGAUAUCAGUGGCUGAAGUACUGGCAGCUGAGGGCAGUAUUCAAAACUAUUUCCGUAAACACGCGCCUUCUGAUGCUAUGUAUGGUAUCUCUCCUGAAGUAAUGGAUGCAUACGUUAAAUCUUGUGCUGGAUAUUGUGUCAUAACAUAUCUGUUAGGAGUAGGAGAUCGACAUUUGGAUAACCUUUUACUUACCCGAACGGGAAAGUUAUUUCACAUUGAUUUUGGGUUUAUUUUAGGAAGAGAUCCCAAACCAAUGCCGCCUCCCAUGAAAUUAAGUCGAGAAAUGGUUGACGCCAUGGGAGGCAUUAAUUCCGAACACUACCAGUCUUUCCGAAAGCUAUGUUAUACAGCAUUCUUGCAUUUGAGACGACACGCAAAUCUGAUACUGAAUUUGUUUUCACUUAUGAUCGACGCAAGUGUUCCCGACAUUGCACUCGAACCCGACAAGACUGUCAAGAAAGUUCAGGACAAGUUUAAGUUCAAUCUUAACGAUGAAGAAGCGGUCCGUUAUAUGCAAGACCUCAUCGAUUACAGUGUCAAAGCUUUCUUUCCAGUUAUGGUCGAACAUAUCCAUAAAAUGGCUCAGUUUUGGCGGAACUGAUCAUCGAUGGCCUUAUAAUUCUUGAGUGCCUUACUUAAAAAAGCUCAAUAAUUACAUAUUUAAUGAAAAUUUUGAUAUAAUUGGCAUUUAGUUUAUAUUUGAGUCAAUUUUUAGUUAAUAAAAUAUUUUUGACAUUU